AUGGCGCUGCAUCUCCUGCGUUCGAUGUCCGAAAUCGGAAUCCAGCCAGACCUGGUGGCCCUGAACAGCGCUCUGAGCGCCUGCCCCUGGGAGCUUGCGCUGUGCCUAGGAGAAGUGGCCGUGUCACAUUCCAUGCAGCUGAACACCGUCAGCUACAACAUCCUGCUCAGCGCUUUGAGCGUGGGCCAGAGCUUCUCUCAGUCUCGGGAGCUGGAGGUGCUGGAGGACAUGCGGCGCAGUCUGCUGCAGCCGGAUGUCGUCACCUACAACACCCUGCUGAGUGCCACCUUGCGGCGGGCGGACUGGCAAGCGGCCUGCGGGUAUUUGGAAGAGAUGCCACAGGUGCUCCUCGCGCCGGACGAGGUUUCCUUUGCCACCGCCUUGGCCACUUGCGACCAGGCAAAGCAGUGGCAAGUCGCUUUGCGCCUUCUGGCGCAGAUGCGGCGACAGCGCCUGGCACCAGAGCGCGCUGAGGAAUCGGCGCUGGCAGCCUGUGAGCGCGCCGGCCAGUGGCAAAGAACCCUGGCCCUCGCAAGCCCGCGCAGCAUCCGCGGCUUGAACACGGCCCUCAGGGCUGCAGGCCAGGCGCUGCUCUGGGCGCUGCCGCUGCUGCUCUUGGCCCGCGCGGCACCGCCGCCGGACGCCAAGUCCUUCGCGGCGCUGGCGGAGAGCGCGGAAGCGGCCCAGGUGGAGCUUCUGCCUCGGUGGCUGCACCACCUACACACCGCAGCUGCCCAAAACCUGAGCCGGGACCCAAAGAACUUCGUGCGGCAGCUGCGGUUGCCUCACAGCAAGAACGUGCUGGUGACCGGGGCCACGGGCUUUGUGGGCAAGGUGCUGCUCGCGAAGCUGCUCCGGGAGUUUCAGGACUGCACCAUCUACGUCCUGGUGCGGUCCACUUCGAAGCUCACCUCCCAGGCGCGCCUGGAUCAACUCCUCGCCUCCCCGGCCUUCGGCGCUUCCGGCGCGGAAGCCGCGCUGAAGGCUUCGCAGCUGGUGGCGGUGGACGGGGACCUGGAGAGAGACUACUUGGGCCUCGGCCAGGGAUAUGAUGAGCUGGCCGCCAAGCUGGAUGUGGUGCUGCACUGCGCGGCGCUGGUGGACUGGGGUGCGCCGCUGCACCAGUCCAUGCGCUGCAACGCCCUGGGCUCCUGGAAGAUGGCGCAGCUGGCGAAAGCCGCGCGGCGGCGGCACGGCAAGCCUUGCCGGCUGGUGUGUGUCUCCACGGCCUGGGUCCACGGCAAGUCCUCGGGCCGCUGCGCGGAGCUGCCCCCCGGCGCCACCGGCGGCGCCGCCGCGUCGGGCGGCGCCGCGUCGGGCGGAUCCGCGGAGCCCUGGGCGGAGCUGGCGGCCACGGAGACGCGGCUCGCGGAGCUGCAGCGAGAGGCGCCCGCCAGGCGCGAGGCUUUCUUGUCAGAGGCGCAAAGGCGCCUUGGGCCCAGCGCAGAUGCUGCCGCCCUGGGGGAAAUGGCGGAGGAGAUGGGGCGGAAGUGGCUGGAUGCCGAAAUGGCGGAGUGGGGCGUGCAGAGAGCACGCCAGAAGGGCUGGUGGGAUGGAUAUACCUUCUCCAAGGCCAUGGGGGAGAUGCUGGUGGCUGAGACCCAGCAAGAUGAGCCCUUCGCCAUCGUGCGGCCCUCCGGGGUGGUGUCUGCGGUGUCGGAGCCGCUGCCCGGGUGGGUGGACGCCUACUUGCUGGUGGAGCCCCUCAUCGAAGGCGUGGGCAGAGGCCAAAUUACCGAGUUCCCUGGCCGAGCCAACUGCGUCAUCGACUGCGUGCCGGUAGACUAUGUGUGCAAUGUCAUCAUUGCGGCGGCCCGUACAUCCCACGAAGGCGCAAAGGUCUUCCAGUGCGCUUCUGGGGACGUCCAUCCCAACACCUUGGGGGAGAUCGAGGCAACCUGGCGGAAGUAUUUCCGGAGCCAGCCGAUGCUGGACAACCAGGGCAAGCCCGUCCACGUGCAGCCGGUGAAGUUCAUCGAUACCGCGGACAGCUUCGUGCGGUCGCUGCGGACGCGGUACAUCACGCCGCUGCAGACCUGCAGCCAGGCGCUGCAGCUGGUACCUCUGUGGCAGCGCUCGGAGUCCCUGCGGUCCCUGCGCGGCUGGCUGGAGCGCAAGAAGCGCACGGUGGAAAAGGUCUCCCAGCUCGCCAGGCUUUAUUCCACCUACACGUUGAACGAGUGGUCCUUUCAGACCACCAACACCCGGCAGCUGAUGUCGGAGUUGACCCUGGAGGAUCGGCAGCGCUUCCCCUACUUCCAGGGAGGCGACUGGAAUUGGGAAGAGUUUUGGACGCAGAAGCACAUCCCCGGCAUGCGGCGCUGGGUUUUGAAAGAGGAGGUGCACUCCCGACUGUGA